AUGAACUCCUUCCGUAUCGCUCGCGCAGCUCUGCGAGCACGCCCUGCAGCUCUCAAGGCUCCUCUUCAACGCAGAGGAUAUGCCGAGGCUGUAUCGGACAAGAUCAAGCUGAGCUUGGCCCUGCCACAUCAGUCAGUGUACAAGUCCGCAGAUGUCGUCCAGGUCAACAUUCCCGCCGUAUCUGGAGAGAUGGGUAUUCUUGCACACCACGUUCCAUCCAUUGAGCAACUCAAACCCGGUCUCGUCGAGGUCAUUGAGGAGAGUGGUGGGAGCAAAUCAUUCUUCCUGUCUGGUGGAUUCGCCAUUGUUCAACCAAACUCGGAAUUGAGCAUCAAUGCAGUUGAGGGAUACCCAUUGGAGGACUUCAGCGCCGAGGCCGUUCGAGCACAAAUUGCGGAGGCACAGAAGAUUGCGAGCGGAAGUGGAAGCGAACAGGACAUCGCCGAGGCAAAGAUUGAGCUUGAGGUUUUGGAGAGCUUGCAGACUGUUCUCAAAUAG